UACCACACACCAAUUGCUACAAGAAGAAUAAUACCUAGGUACAUAAGCUAUAUAUCUAAUUUUACCCCCACCUGCACUUCUGAACUCUACAUACAAAAACACAAUAUCAUCACCAUGCCCACCUUUCACCUAGCCGCCACCGCACCCAUCAACCCGCCCGGUGCCAAGCCCGUCCUCAGCCGGGACCAGAUCUGGCGCGCCCUGCAGCUCAAGGUCCGGGAGCCGUCCCUCUUUGUGCCCGUCAUCACGUCGUGCGGCGUCGUGUCGGAGAAGGGCGACGUCGUGACCCGACACGUUGAGUUCAAGACCGGGCUUGGUCUCCCCGCCGGAAAGAUCAGCGAGGUUUGCACCAGCUACGCGCCGGCCAAGGUGCACUUCAAGAUGGACACGGGCGACGAGGUCGAGAACAUUGUCGGUCAGGGCCCUAGCGACGACGAGAAUGACCUAUGGCUCACUUAUGCCUUUGACUGGGUCAUCAAGGAGGGCGCCGAUACUUCUCAACACGGAAAGAUGGCCAAGAGCGCAGUCGCUGGAACUAUUACCGUCAUGCGCAAGAUGGCUGCAGACGGGAAGCUGUGAAUGAACUUUAUGCUACGUGGGGCAUGUGCCAAAAUGCAUAUCGGAAACAUCGCUCCGGGGAGCAAGGGCCUGCCUUGAGCCUCAAACUAAUUCACCACUGGGCUGGUAUCAGUCCAAAAGGCUACGCCUACCUAUACUGCCAUUCAUGUUCUUAUGGUUGGGUUGUCAAGGCGACUGAAUAAACUACCAACUCUGCGUCACCUUUGGGAGGUUGGGGUUUCCGGUCAGUUAGCAGCUGCACAUGUACUGCGCAUUCACAUGUACGGCAUUAUGAGGUUGGCGAGGUGGUUUGAAGGAUUUCUGUAUUGUUCCUAGUUAUAAAAUAAAAGGAUCGCCCUCGUAUUCUAGGUAUGCUGAAGAUUCUUGUCGAUAUCUACCAACCUACUUGCCAGACCAAUUUAACGAAC